GAGGAGAAAGAGGAGGAGGAGGAGGAGGAGGAGGAGGAGGAGGAGGAGGGGGAGCCGGGGCUCUCGCACGUAGUUCGGGAAACUUGCAGGUCCUAGAAGUCAGCGAGCCAGAGAGCCGGCCAUCCAUCCCUUCCAGCCUUGGGAGCCCAAAGCAAAGUGAGACAUUGUGAGCCCGCCAGCUUUGCUCCGAAUUGAAAGGGACGGAAUUUGUAGCACAGAGGGGUCUUUUCUAGCCCUGCAUAUAAUUAGCCCAAACACAAAGGAAGCAGCUGAAUGGAGGUUGUCACUCUCUGGAAAAGGGUGGGUAAGACACUUUUUAAUUAAAUUCUUUCACGAAGAAAGAUUUUUUUUUCCUCCUUUUUUUUUUCUUUGCUGCAGUCUCUACCAUGGACAAAAUCACGAUCUUUUUUACCGUUGCGUUUCCGUGAACUUUAAAUGACGCCCAGCUUUCUGCAUGUUUAAAGGUGAAGCGUGUGCCUGAAGGUUUUAUUUAUUUAUUAUUAUUUUUUUUGGUCUGGCUCUCUCUCUAUCCCUCUCUUUUUUAAUACUCUUCUCAUUUAUUUGACACCCCACCCCCCUCCUCCCCGAAAUAAAAUAUGAUGUAGACUCCUGAGCCGGCGGUUCAAUGGACAUUGUCGAACCUCUCCGGAAAGAUUCUUGCUAAUGGAUUUCCUGCUUCUCGGGCUCUGUCUAAACUGGCUGCUGAGGAAACCCCCGGGGUGGAUCGUGUGUGUUCUGGGUGUCGGCUUUCAGAUGCUCCCGGCGGCGCAGAGCGGGUGCCCGCAGCUGUGUCGGUGCGAGGGGCGGCUGUUGUACUGUGAGUCACUGAACCUCACGGAGGCGCCUCACAACCUGUCUGGCAUGAUGGGCUUGUCUCUGAGGUACAACAGCCUCUCGGAGCUGCGUGAUGGACAGUUCACGGGGUUAAUGCAGCUCACGUGGCUCUAUCUGGAUCACAAUCACAUUUGCUCGGUGGAAGGGGACGCCUUUCAGAAGCUGCGGCGGGUGAAGGAGCUUACCCUGAGCUCCAACCAGAUCAGCCAGCUGGCCAACACCACGUUCCGGCCCAUGCCCAACCUGCGCAGCGUGGACCUGUCCUACAACAACCUGCAGGCACUGGCGCCCGACCUCUUCCACGGGCUGCGGAAGCUCACCACUCUGCACAUGCGGUCCAACGCCAUCAAGUUCGUGCCCGUGCGCAUCUUCCAGGACUGCCGCAGCCUCAAGUUUCUCGACAUCGGCUACAACCAACUCAAAAGCCUGGCGCGCAACUCCUUCGCCGGCCUCUUCAAGCUCACCGAGCUCCACCUGGAGCACAACGACCUGGUCAAGGUGAACCUGGCGCACUUCCCGCGCCUCGUGUCUCUGCACUCGCUGUGCCUGCGCCGCAACAAGGUGGCCAUCGUCGUCAACUCCCUCGACUGGGUGUGGAGGCUGGAGAAACUCGACCUGUCGGGCAACGAGAUCGAGUACAUGGAGCCGCACGCCUUCGAAGCCGUGCCCCACCUCGAGUCGCUGCAGCUCGACUCCAACAGGCUCACCUACAUCGACCCGCGGAUCCUCAACUCCUGGAAGUCGCUGUCCAGCAUCACGCUGUCGGGCAAUGUGUGGGACUGCGGGCGCAAUGUGUGCGCCCUGGCCUCAUGGCUCAGUAACUUCAAGGGGCGCUACGACGGUAACCUGCUGUGCGCCAGCCCGGAGUACGCGCAGGGGGAGGACGUCCUGGACGCCGUGUACGCCUUUCACCUCUGCGAAGACACCGCGGACCCCACCAGCGGCCACCUGCUCUCGGCCGUGACUAACCACAGUGACAGGGCAUCCUACAUCAGUCCUGCCACCACGGUUUCUGCCGGCGGGGUGCACGAUCUGGACGGAGCCAGGACGACAGAUGCCGUCGGGGGGGUCACCGUCCCCGUGGAGCACGCCGAGAACGCCGUGCAGAUCCACAAGGUGGUGACGGGGACCAUGGCCCUCAUCUUCUCCUUCCUCAUCGUGGUGCUGGUUUUGUAUGUGUCCUGGAAGUGUUUCCCGGCCAGCCUCAGGCAGCUGCGACAGUGUUUUGUGACACAGCGCAGAAAGCAGAAGCAGAAACAGACUAUGCAUCAGAUGGCUGCCAUGUCAGCCCAGGAAUACUAUGUGGACUACAAGCCCAACCACAUUGAGGGCGCGCUGGUGAUCAUUAACGAGUACGGGUCCUGUUCCUGUCACCAGCAACCAGCCAGGGAAUGUGAGGUGUGAUGGGGGCCGAGGGGGUUUCAGACCUGUGAGCAACCAAAUAACCAUGGGGAGAGAGGAGACAGGGGGAGGGCUGGAGGUUCUCAGCUUUCUCAUGCAGUUCUGGACUGAAUUUAUGAGAGACUCUUGUCUCCAGACUUGAGAUUUUAGCUUUAUCUGUGUCUUAAAAACAAACAAGAACACAAACCAGAAACCAGAAACCAGAAUCCCUUCCCCUCACACCCACCCACCCACAUCUUCUGCCUCGAAAACACAUACACACACAAACACACUCACACACAUUCACACACCACACAACCUUCAGGACAGUUUAUCUUAAAUUUCAUAUGAGAACUCCUCUCUUUGAAGAUUUGUCAAUAUUCAGGAAUCUGAGAGUGUUAAAAAAAAAAAGGUACCAAUCAUUGAUUUUUUUUUUGUAAACUAAAAAUGUUUAAAAUAAAAUAGCAUUUACAGUU